AUGCGAGAAAUUCUUAAGAAAUCAACGAAAGCGAUGGAAGAAGCAGACGAAGCAGAAGAGAGUUUUAAGGUUGAAGAAACAACAAGAACAGCUCUCACUUGGUUCUUCUGGUGUCUCUCGAAAAACCCAUCAGUUGAGGGGAAAAUCAAAGAAGAAUUAAGACGAAAUCCUGCAGGAAAAGAAGUCGAAAAAGGGCAAAUCCUCUUCAACUUGGAUGAGCUGAGUAAGCUUGUUUAUCUCCAUGCAGCUUUAUCUGAAACCCUGAGGCUAUUCCCUCCAGUCCCACAUGAAACCAGGAUUCCAGUUGAACCAGAUUGCUUCCAAGCGGCCAUAAGGCCAAGAAUUUUCCCGGGCAAGGACGUUGGAUUCUUCUUGAUGAAGGCCAUUGUGGCAACGAUUCUUCCUAACUACGAUGUUCAAGUAGUGGAAAAUCACCCUGUGGUUCAAAAUCUUAGCAUUGCGUUAUCUAUGAAGUAUGGAUUACUGGCUAGGUUUAAGAGUAUAUCAUCAGCUUGA